AAUUCCUAUUAACUGUAUAUAUUUUAUUUACCUUACCGCCGAUUUAGUUUUGACUUAUAAACGGACUAAAAACAAUGGCAGAAGCAGCCAAUGUGCGCCAGAACCUGCAGAAUGUCCCUUCAAUCUUCGAGAUUUCGGCGGCGGAGACUCUGGACAACCUGAUUUAUCCAGCGCUAAGCAAAAUUUUUGACUACUUUGGAUUGCGGCUGGACUUUAAACUUUGGGGAAAUUUGAGGAUUCAGGAGGAGCUGUCGCCGCUUUUAACAUGGAUGUUGCAGUAUUUGUACUUGAGAAAACGCGCCUCCUCCUUUGGGGAGAGCUUCUAUGGAUUGCAGAGGACAGUCAUGGAAACAGGAGAUUUGCUAAACCGCCGACAGCAGUUCACCUCUGCCACAUUGCUGACCUUUAUUCCCUACGUAGAGCGCAAGCUACGGAGCAGAAUCACCAGGCACGAGGACACGAAUCCCUGGGAGCAACGAUUGAUGAGUGCAUUCCAUGCUUUCCAUGCCGCCAAGGCGGUACACACAUUCCUUUACCUUGUAAAGUACGCCUCCAACCACUCGCCCAUCUUCAGAUUUUUGGGGCUAAAUCUUCGCUAUCCCACCGAGCCUCCUCAAGAGGAUCAGUGGACCUACCUGGUCCUCAAAAUGCUUGAAGUUUUGGCCUUCUUCCUGCAGUUUGUCCAGUGGUGGUACUCCAACGACCAACGGCGCAAAGUGGGCGGCACUCUGAUCAACCCGGAAGCGAUGCCCAAAAAGGAAUUACCCAAAGAAAUUGAGAAGACCAUUCCCAAAAGGGGAGAAUGCCCCGUUUGCCUACUACCGAUUCAGACACCCACUGCAUGCUCCGUUUCGGGCUACGUUUUCUGCUGGAAGUGUAUCGUUAGCCACAUGAAGGAGCACGGAAACUGCCCAGUAACCCAGUAUCCGAUUAGUCUGGACGAUCUGGUGCGCAUCUACGAAACGUGACGUUAAGACUUUUUGUUCUCUUUGUUUUGUUAAUACAUGUCAUAAGAAAUUAAAAGCUGUUUAGAUCUCGCUGAGAAAGAAACCCAA